GCUCUCUCUCCCCCUCAGUAGCGUUUACUUGCAAGCGCCAUAUUGGUCUCUCGGAUGACUUGGUGUUUUUUUCGAUAGGAAUUACUACGAGACAGGAGUGUAGACGGGAGUGACUUCUUCAGAGCUGCAUACUUUUAUGCAAUCACUUGUUCCUUAUAUGCCACAUUGACUGCGUUGCUCUUUUUUGCGCUUUUUUCUCUAUUUUGGCAUGCCUGCUUUCAUGCGCACUCGUCGUCUAAUCGGUUUUUAUUACGGGAAUAAUUACGUGUUUGUGAUUUGAGCUGUAAUCUCGACAGAAUCUACUUGUUUGUUUUUGCACCGAGUUUCAUGUGGCAAAAUGUCGGACGUGCGUCUUUCUAAUGGAAGUCCGCCACUGGAGCGCGUGGACGCGAGACCGGAGGCACACAGCAAGCCGUCGGUGUGCAGGAACCUGUUCGGGUCGCCGGACCCGGGGGAAGUAAGACGAGCGUAUCUGGACGAGCUACGGGACUCGGAAGUAGCGUUCAGAGAGAAAUAUAACUACGACUUUGUGAAGGACACGCCGCUUGAGCCCGGUAGAUACGAGUGGGAGGCUGUGGACGCAAGAGACGCGCCCGAGGUUUACAGCAGGCCGCCGCGUAAAACCGCACCAGUGGAUCUUAACGGGACUCAGACGGACUGCCAAAAAACUCCAAGCGCCGCGAAGAAAAGACCUUCCGUGGAGGACCCGGAAUCAGAUUCUGCACGGCAAAGUAAAAGAGUGAACCAUGGAGAGGAAGGCAGCAGCAGUCAAGAAAGAGCAGAGCAGACACCCACAAAAUCAGAAUCCAGCACGUAAAACAACAGGACUUGCAUGCAAAGGGAGAUGAAGAAUGUGCGUUUCUCCAUCAAAGAGCUUUAUGAAGUAAACAGGGACAGCUAUUGGAAAAAUAGCAUUUCCUUCUCUAAGGAUGUGCAAGGCAGUAGAAGCACUGAUUCUUUUUCUUUUCUUUUCUUUUUCUUUUUACACUAAAGUUUUGGCACUCAAAGACAUUUGCCUCAAAAAGCAGACAAUGUAGCAGUGUGCAAAUGGUUUUCCUUUUUGCUUUUGUCUUUACUACCUAUGUAAAUAAUUAUAUGUAGCAUAUUAAAAUAUAACAUUAUGAUGAGAAAAAUCAUAUAGUGUGAAUGACUUGAAGAAUUGCUGUGCAGUUUUCAAAACAACCCCAACAAACCUCCCAGAUUAAAGUGAAAA